CUCACAAUGAUAUUGGUGAAAGUUGAGUUUCAUACAUUUGUGUCCUAAGUAAAUGAUUUUGGAUUAUAUUUUUUUCGAUUUAUAUUUUUAGCUUACUGAUAUAAUCGUGGAACUUGUAACGUCGUUCGAGAUUGAAUUCCUGAUCAUCCGUGUGAACAUUUUGGACAGGGAUACGGUUACCUAAACUGACGCCUGACUUGUCCUGCUUGUGGAUUUAUACCUCGAAUGAAGAACACAGUACCUAUGGCUCCCAUCCAUACGUCAACAAACAAUAAGGAAGAUUACGUGGUACCAGCAACGUCUCCUGAGAAUAUGGUCAGGAUUCUCUUGACCGUUGUUGCUGGAGUUACAACAAUUCUAGCAGCAACAAAACUGUUUAGAUGGUACAGGAUAAAAGCCAGGAUAUUAAAUAAGCAGAAGCAGUGCAAAGAUGCAAUCAAACAGUUGCAGGAUGACAUGGAUCAUAAUGGGAUACCCAAGAAAGAAGUGGAGAGAAUAUUGGGCCUCAAGUUUUCCCAAUUGAAAGAAAAGCUUCGGAAAGGAGAACUGAAAGCUGUCACAGUUUUGAAGGCUUACCAAACUAGGGCAUUGGAGACAAACAAGACUCUGAACUUCAUGGUUGAACCAGUCAAAGAAGCAAUGGAAUAUGCAAAGCAACUAGAUAAAGAGUUAGAAAAUGGAAAAGACCCCAGACCUCUACAUGGUAUUCCUGUGAGCAUCAAGGAGAACUACUAUCUAAAGGGCUAUGACAGUACAGGUGGAAUGAGUAUAUUUGUGGAUAAACCUGCACUUAAAGAUGGGCCGAUGGUUUCGGUCCUGAAGGAGCUUGGUUGUGUGCCAUUUGUUCGCACAAAUAUACCACAGUCCAUGAUGACAUUUGAGUGCUCCAACCCCUUAUAUGGGACAACAGUGAACCCACACAACCACGGAAGGGGACCGGGAGGGUCAUCGGGAGGAGAAGGAGCAAUUCUUGGAGCCGAGUCAUCAAUUCUGGGUUUUGGUAGUGACAUAGGUGGCAGUCUUAGGAUUCCGUCACAUUUUUGUGGCGUCUUUUGUCUUAAGCCAACAGCUGGGAGACUGGGAUACAGAACUACUGAAGAGUUGGUUCAUGGGCAGACAUUAGUCACCCCCACCAUUGGUCCUAUGGGUCGGGAUGUAGAUACAAUCGUCACCGCCAUGAAGGAUAUUCUGUGUCCACGGCUUUUUACUGAAGAACCACAGAUACCUCCAAUGGCCUUCAAUACUCAGCUGUACGAGUCCAAAAGACAACUGCGUAUUGGCUACUACGUCAGCGAUGGCUACGUUCCACCAAUACCUGGUGUGGAACGCGGUUUACUGGAGGCCAAGGUUGCAUUGGAGAGGUUCGGCCACACUUUGGUGCCGUUUGAAGUGCCGGAUGCAGCCCAUAUGUUCUCCGUUCUGUUCUCCAAGGCGGCCUUUGGGGACGGUGGUCAUAAUUUCCUCAGUCAGAUGGCAGAAGACCGGGUAGAUCCAUCCAUAUCACUGCUUGUAAAAAUAUAUCGUCUUCCAAACUUCCUGAUCCGACUUUUGUCACAUGUGGUUAGCUUCUUCUCUAAGGAAAAGCCAGCUGGAACAAUAAUGCGAAACAUGCUUGGAGUAGAUUCUGUCUAUGACUGGUGGAAGUUGGCACAUGAGAUCACUAUCUACAAGGAGAAAUUCUACAACUUGUGGCAAGAGCAAAAUCUAGAUGCUAUCAUUUGCCCUACAAUGCCUUAUGUAGCCCCUCCCACUGGUACCGUCAAGUAUCUAUUAGGUGGUGUAACCUAUACGACCCUCUACAAUGUAAUCAACUACCCAGCUGGAUGUGUCCCUGUAACCAAAGUCACAGCUAUCGAUCAGAAGAACAUGGCAAACUAUCCAUCGAAUACUCAGACACAGAAGUUUAUCAAAAAGUAUUACAGUACAGACACGGCUGGGUUACCUGUUGCAGUUCAGUGCGUUGCCCUUCCAUACAGGGAAGAAAUGGCUCUCCGGGUUAUGAAGGAUCUAGAAAGUGGUCUUCGUCAUCAUUUGACACGUAGUAGUAGAUAAUUUACAAACUUUUGAAGGUGCCUUUAAGUAAUCACCCUGUCUGUCCAUCUGUCUGUACGUCCAUAUUUGAUUAUGUUUUAUUCUAAGUAUAAUAUUUAGAUAUAUACUUACUUUAAGCUUUAUUCAUUUGCUCUCAGUAAGAAGGAGCUCUUUUAAGUUUUAUCACAUUGUCAGAUUUAUGACCCUUAUAUAUGCUUGUUAACUUAUUCAAAUUCAGCAAAUCCAUUUUCUCUUUAUGUUAACUUGAUUUUUUUACAAGAAAUUAAAGGAAACUUAAAGCAUUAAUAUAUAGCAGAGUGGUCUUGGAUUUAGUACAUUAUUUGAAACUUUGUGGCCAUUUUUUAACAAAUUGCGAUCUAACCUUUUGACUUGCGCCCCUGUGCCUCAGGACCAGAAAUAUAUUUAGCUUAAGUGUUGGCAAUGAGGUUUUGGGGUACUCCCUUAAGAAAAUUUCAAGUCAGAAAUGCAUUUUUUUUUUUUAAGAACUUUUGUUUUCCUAUAUUGAAAUAAAAAGUAAACUUGGGAUGAUUUGAGGUGGGACCUGCUCCGGUGCUAAAAUUUUAUUUCCAUAGUGGUACUUAUACGCAUUUAUUCGGGGGACUUUAUCAUAUCAUGUCAUAUCAAUAGUAGCUGUAGUUGUUUGAAAUCCAUUAAAGGAUAACAUUUGUAUGUUAUGUGAGUUGCUUUUACAUGUAGUUUUAUUCAUUUAUCUUUUGUUUCUUUUAUUGAAUGUAGGCAUUGAAUGAUAAUAGAUGUGAAUUUAUUUAGAUUUUUUACCAUACCCGGUAAUUAGUAUAGCUAUUGAUGUGUUUUCAUUUUGUAAUUUCCAUAUUUCUAAGUAAAGUAAAGAGUUUGUUUUUUAUAGUGUGACCCCUCUUAGUUAAGGGCCAGCCAGUUGAGCUUAUGAGACACCCACCCUUGUGAACAUCUUUACCCUAAUUCCUAUCCCAUAUGCCAGGUGCCUAGCAGGAAGGCAAUGGGUACCCCUCGAUUUAGCUAGCUGCUCAGUCGUCAACCGGCCAUAUUAGAACAAGCCCUGUGCAAUGCUCAAAACUUGAAGACCUCCUGCUACUUAAGCGGAUUCCUUUACCACUUGGCCAUGGAGACAGAGUGCAUAUAAAGUGAUAUUCACAUCUAUAUUUGCUCAAGAUGUCAUUUCCUAUUGUGUUUAUUUAAUGAUGAAAAGAAAAAAAUGAUAUACUUUUAUGUAUAUAUUUAUAUAUACAUACAUGAAAACAAAGCCAAUUUCUAUUCAGAUUGUUAUACAAAAUAUACCAUGGGAAAUAUGUUAGCAAACUUCAAAAUACAUCAAUAUUAGUAAAUAAAUGUAACUUCUCGCCUAUUUAAAAAGUUCCUGAGGCGUGUCAUGGGGUCCAAUCAAAUGUCCAGAUUCAUCUCGUCAAUAGCUCAUGAGCUCUUGCUUUCUGCAGUCAUUCAUUGGAGUUAUACAUUAUGUAUUUACUUGGUACCAAGGAUAAUUAAUUGAUCUAGUUAUCUAGCCAUUUCCACAUAUUACCAUAAAAGCUGCCAGAUACUAGAAUAUAAGCCACAUCUUUUCUUAUUCUACUGAUUUUGCUGUUUUUUUAUUCAGAGCUGGCAAGCGAAAAAAAUCAUUAUUUUUCCAUUUAGUUUUAAAACAGGAGCAGGUGUAGGCAAUACCAUUGUUAUUAGAAUAUGUUAAAUAUAUGCUAUGGCUAACAAGAUGUUAAAUAUGAUUUGGGAGUUUUUACAGGAAUGUUUGUCUUUUGGUAAACAUUUCCAUUGAUUUGUUGUUAUAUAAAGGUAAUAAUAUAUUCCUGACUUGAAUAGAAAAUCAGAAAAACUGGCAACAGUUAAAAAGGUAAAGCUAUUAAAUUGAUCGUGUGUAAGGUUUCAUGAUGUGUGUAGUGAAUACAAAUAAAUUUUAAACAUG